AUGCGCAAGCUUCAACGACAAGCCAAAGGCCAGAAGCAGCGUAUCAACACGCUCCGACAGCGGCGCAUAGAUCGCGAACAUCGACUUGCAGGAGAGAUUUCAGCUGCAAAUGCAAACUAUCAAGCGGCCGUCACAGGCAAUAUACCUAGCGGGUCAAUGCUGACCUUCGAGAAUGCCAUGCACAGUGAACCCAGGGCUCGUGAAGACAGUCCUGAUGCGGAACUACCUAUACCGCGCAUGCCGCGAGAAGAGGUCUUUGACCAAGUUCUCGCUGUUCUCAAGUCCCAUGGAUACAGCUGGGGCGAUCUCGUGCUGUACCUCUCCGACCCUGCAUCAAAGAGAGGAGAGGAACGGUGGCAGGGGAUGUUUGACAUUCCAGGUCGAAUUGACCAAGUACUCACCUACUGGACUUCAUCACGCAACAGCCCAACUGGCCGGCGAGCGGUACAUUCGUGGGUGAUGGACUAUAUCAAGAAAACCAUUAGCCGUGAAGGUACCCGAGCAACCAAGAACAAGAUGCUUCAAUCACGUACCAAGGCUGUGGACGAGGGUUUCUUCGUGAACUUCAGCCUGACGAAGAUUCAUGAUCAACUCGCAGCGCUCUGUCCAGUUACCACGGCUCUGAUGAGAGAGUUUUCAAUGACUCGGCGGCAGAAGAAGACACUUACAAUCAAUUCCAUUCGACAGAACGAGCUGCGUGUUGGUACAGCUUUGAUGGGCCUCCUAGCCGAACGUAGUCAGCAAAACAGCUAUGGACGGCAUGUACUGGGCCUGUACCUCUAUGCGACCGGUGCGCAGCGCCAGUGCAUCAGCAUCCUGUCACAUAUCGGAAUAUGCAGCAGCUAUACGGCCAUCGCAGGAACAUCAGGGCCUGGGUACCAUCCGACUAACACCUCCGACGACACUCGAAGCCCUGCGCAGUCACCGCCUUCAAGUGACAACGAUGAAUCUGAGCGAGAUGACAAUGAGGAGACGGAGUCUGAUGACUCGUCCCAGUCUGAACUCUCCUCGAUCGAUGAAGAAUAUCCGAGACAAAACCGUGCAGAGGAACAGCCUGAGGAGCCCAACAGCCUUGAGACCAUAGACGAAGACCAUCCAGACGAAGGUGUCCACGGCGCUCUCACCGAGCGACUCGGCGGGGGUAUACUCCGGCGCCUUUCCGAAGCCUGCCGCCUCAAUACCCGUGCAAAGGCACGCGUUCACGAACUCGCCCACGUCUAUGACAACAUCAACUGGAUUCUGCACGCCCCCGAGCAGACCAUGAGCAACAAGGACUCCAUCGAAAACGGCACCUGUGCCACAGUAUUUCCACUCUUCCAUGCCUCUCGCAGCGACAUGCUCACUGUCGACCUUCUCCACGCUUUCGACGUAGCCCCGGCUCUUUCGCGGGAUGACAUCCUCCUCAACGCACCCGAGACACAGCUAUUCACCAGUCUGCUCGAACACGCUGUCCUACGCGUCAUUGUGUCGUAUGGAGGCCCCGCAUUUGCUCGCUUUGAGCCCGAUGUUGACCGAACACUGCCUCGUACCUCGGAGUGCAUCCCGCUACACAAGACAGAGGUAUACCCUCUUCGUGCCAUGAACAUCGAGGAAGCGAGUAUCAAGGGGAAUGCGGAGGUCAUGGAGGCUAUGUUUAGUGAGCUUGGUCAUGAUCUGGACUCAACUAACUUCACCGACACCGUCAAGAUUGUGUUUGGCGACCAGCUCUCAGUUGCCCGCCUUCGUGCUGUCAUGAGCAAUCGUGCAGGCCAUGAUACCCUAUCCCGAUCGAUGCUCUUCGCCACCUUCGCACCGGGCUUCUUCCACUAUCAAAUGGCUGCGACGUUCGGUUUUCUCGAGACGCACUGGGGCAACCCUCACCUGGGCCAGCAUGACCCUGCGUGCCUCUCCUGGCACAACACCGUGCUAGACCGUAAGCCCUUUGUCAUAACAAAUCGCCCGCCGUAUCGUGUUGCCCGCGAUCUCAUCUUCCAUUCCUUAUACGGCCGCUUGAUACACUGCCUCGAGCUUGUCAGCUCAUGCGACAGCUUGGACGAAUACGCGGAGACUGUGACGUUCGAAGAUCUGCAGCGGCACGUCGCGGACAUCGUGUCGCAAUUCGCAAUCUCAAACACCGUGUCUAAGCUGCGGGGCGCACGUUCAUCAGGAAAACCUGAAUUCCCUAAUGAGACGUAA